UUCUUGAAAACUGUAGCUGUGGCCGCGCAUGCAAAGUGAAAAUCCGACGCGUUUGCUUCUGUUUUGUGCUGAAUUGUUGAGCUAAUUCUUUCCGAGAUUUUACGAUUUGUGACGAUCACAACAGGUGCAUGUAAGAAUGUCGGUUCCACCGGUUGCAGGGGUGCAACCGUUUCCUGCCCUUGUGCCCUUUAGUGUUCCUCCACCGGGGUUCGGAGCUGCACCAACUGCUGCUGUGCCUGUAGCGGAGGCCCCAGUCAUACCUAUGAUACCGAUGGUGGCACCGGUUGUUAGCGAGUGGACUGAACACAAAGCACCUGACGGCAGAGUCUAUUAUUAUAACAGUGUUUCCAAGCAAAGCUUGUGGGAAAAACCGGAUGAAUUGAAGUCGCCGGCGGAAAAGUUGCUCUCACAAUGUCCAUGGAAGGAAUAUAAAUCAGACCAAGGUAAGGUAUACUAUCACAACGUUAAUACCAAGGAAUCACAAUGGGUAGCUCCACCUGAGUAUUUGGAGUUGAAGGAAAAGGUAGAAGCGGAAAAGGUGGCGGCUGAAGCUGCUAAAGCAGCAGCACUAAAGACGGUAGCCCCCGGUGCGAUUCCUAUGAUGAUUCCACCCGUUGUGUUGCCUGUUAUGUCGCCUGCUCUUGUGGCUACCGAUUCGGUACCUUCACUUUCUGGGGUAACACCCGGAUCUGCUGAAAAUUCUUCUUCCGCGUUGGAUCAAGCGAUGGCAGCCACUCUGGCAUCGAUUGAAGUUCCAGAAGAUCCAGCUCCUAAAAAAGAGGAAGAAGAGAAACCGGUGGUCGAGGAAGAACCGACUGUUGAGUUUAAGGACAAAAAAGAGGCAAUUGAAGCCUUCAAGGAAUUUUUGCGGGAGAAAAACAUCCCUUCAAGCUCUAGUUGGGAGCAAUGCGUCAAGCUUGUUCAGAAGGAUCCCAAAUUUAAUGUAUUCAAAAAAUUGCAGGAGAAAAAACAAGCGUUUAAUGCGUACAAAACCCAAAAACAAAAAGACGAAAAAGAGGAACAACGGCUAAAAAUAAAAAAAUCGAAAGAAGAGCUGGAAAAGUUCCUAAUGACUUCGGAAAAAAUGAAUGCAUCCUUGAAGUAUUACCGCUGCGACGAAAUGUUUGCCAACUUGGACGUGUGGAAAUCAGUUCCCGAAUUGGACAGGAGGGAUAUUUACGAUGAUUGCAUUUUCAAUCUGGCUAAGCGGGAAAAGGAGGAAGCCAGAGUCCUCAAGAAACGGAACAUGCGAGUUCUGGGUGAACUGCUAGAAGCAAUGACUUCGGUCACUUAUCAAACCACCUGGUCUGAGGCACAGGUAAUGCUCUUAGAGAAUACGUCAUUCAAGAAUGAUGUGAAUCUGCUUGGCAUGGACAAAGAAGACGCCUUGAUUGUUUUCGAGGAACACAUUCGUACUUUGGAGCGGGAAGAAGACGAAGAUAAGGAACGAGAGAAAAAACGAGUGAAGAGACAGCAACGUAAAAAUCGAGAUCAAUUUUUGGCCCUACUAGACGGACUUCACGAAGAAGGUAAACUGACGUCAAUGUCGUUGUGGGUCGAGUUGUAUCCCAUCAUUUCAGCAGAUCUACGAUUUUCUGCUAUGCUCGGUCAGAUUGGCUCCACUCCGCUAGAUUUAUUCAAAUUUUAUGUGGAAAAUUUGAAAGCUCGUUUCCACGAUGAGAAGAAAAUAAUCAAAGAGAUUCUUAAGGAGAAAGAGUUCCUUGUUCAAUCGGGCACCACUUUCGAAGAUUUUGCCACCGUUGUUUGCGAGGACAAACGUUCGGCCACGCUGGAUGCUGGCAAUGUGAAGCUCACGUAUAAUUCUUUGCUAGAGAAAGCCGAAGCCGCCGAGAAAGAAAGGCUGAAGGAGGAAACGCGUCGCAUACGGAAGAUGGAGAAUGAACUAAAAGGAAUGUGGUUGGAAGCUGGCCUUUCGGCUGGUGACUCCUGGGAGAUCGCGCAAAAGUUGGUCGUCAAUCUAGACGUUUACGAUCUGUACGAGAAGGAGGACAAGGUUGAGCGGCUCUGGGAAGAGUUCAUUAAGGAAACUGAAGACUCAUGCAGCCAUCACCACUCACGCGCGAAAAAAUCGAAGAAAAAUCGAAAGCACAAAAAGAAGUCCCGCUCGUCGUCAAAAUCGGAAUCGGAACUAUCGGAGCCGGAGUUUGAAAAACCAGCAAAAAAGAAACGCAAGUCGCGCUCCAAGUCGCGUUCUAGCAGGAGUGAGUCGGAAAGUGAUGAACAGCAAAGUGAACGGGAACGCAAACGCAAGAAGAAAAGGAAGCAUCGUCGUCAUUCUCGUUCUGCGUCCUUUGAUGAACCACAGAUGGCGUUGGAAACUAAGAAUGGUACGGCAUCGAAAUCUCCGUCACCAGAGGUUGAACGCAAGAAGAGAAAAAAGGAUAAAAAGAAAAAGGAGAAACGCCGUUCGCGGUCGGUUAGCCGCGGUAGUAGUCCUGGUGCGGCUAAACAUCGAUCACCAUUGGAAGAGAGCGGACGAAAUGGGGGUGGUUCGGUUUCUCCGAAGGGCUCCGACGACGUGGCACUAUCAGAAUCGGAACUGGAAUCGCAACGCGCAGCUCUACUCGCUCAGCUAAACGAGCAAAUGGACGAGUGAUCUCGGUGGUGGCGUCAGCCUGCCGAUGUUUAUCUUGGCCGCGACGGUCGCCGGAGAAAAUAAGACAACAGCAAAAAAUAAUUUACAAAGUCGAAUUGUAUCUCUUUGAAUAUUAGCAAACUACAGAUUAUGAAUGCAAGCAGUUUUAGUGUAUAGAUAA